CAAGCUGGUGAUAAAUGGCCAGCCUCAAUGAACAACUGAUAGUCAACGAAGAAGAAGAAGAGAAGACAGACAAGAGUCACCACAUCAUGUCUUCAAUGGCAGCUGGUCUUGAAGAUGACAGUACUAGUGAAGCAACUCCAUUAUUGUAUCGACGUGUCACUGUCAACCAUACAAGAGUAGACCCAGAGGUGGCCAUAUUGCAGGCUUCCGUAUUUAUUGAAGACGGAAUCCAUUAUAGAUCAAUUCAUCACAAGAUUGAUCCUUUGUCACUAAAGUUCUACAAUAUAUAUCAUUCUUUUCUGGUCCAGUGUUUUCUAAACAUUACAGUCUUUAUAAUCCUGAUCCUCGCCUUCUUUGAAUACCCAACCUCGUUGAAACUCUCCUCUGAUUAUCGCUACGCUAACAUCACGCCCACACUUCGUGAGCCGCCAUGUGGUGCCACAGAAUCAGUCGAAAUAGUCUGCCUCGUGAUAUUUCUAAUUAAAGCCCUCAUACAGUGUCGGCUGUUGGGUUUGAAAAGGUUCUUCAAGCAACCCUGGCUUGUUUUGUAUUUCGUGAUGGUCGUGUUAUCUUUUUUUGAUCUCUCGAUAUCCUUUGGUUUUUGUGUCCAUUCAGGUCAGUCUUCUCUCGGUUCUACUAUCCGUAUGAGACGUUUCUUUCGUCCGUUCUUUUUCCUCGUCCCGUCCAGUAUCAUGAAGAAGUUUGUGAAAGCCGUCAUGCGAACUUGUGUACAGAUAUCGAGUGUCUUAGUACUUCUGGUCAUUCAUUUAUAUGUGUUUGCGAUGAUUGGAAUGUUGAUAUUCCCGAGACCACUCCCUCACAGACAUGUGAAUACUACGGAUUGGGACGACAAUGAGGAAGAACCCAGAGGGUUUUUAUCUCGAUAUGGCGACUUUUCCGAUAAAGAAGGCCAAAGACGUUUUAAAUCUGUAGAAGAUUCCUUGAUAUCUUUACUCGUGUUUCUAACGACGGCUAAUAACCCAGACGUGAUGACACAGAUAUAUCAAUACAACAGACUCUCUUUUAUUUAUUUUUUUAUCUUCCUUUGCAUCGGUCUCUAUUUGAUACUCAAUCUUCUAACUGCGGCUGUUUAUUCCGAGUUUCGUGGCUUCCUAGAGCAGUCGAUGCAGUCCAGUUUUGUUAGACGGGUAGUGGCCUACAGAGCUGCCUUUACUGUCCUCGCUCAGUGUUACAGGAGUAAUAGUAUGACUGAUCAAGUAACUAGUAAAGAUUUGGUGAGACAGUUACUGCGAAAAGCUAAAAUACCCAAAAACCAUCUGCCGGCAAUGUAUACAGCACUGGAAACCGAGGAAGGCUCUUCUGUAAUGUGGACAGAGUUUCGGGUGAUAUUCAAUAUCAUUUCUAAAGACUCAAAUAGUCGUUUAGGCGAAGAUGUUCAUUAUUAUUCUCGAUUUAAAGUGUUGGAGAUAUUGCAAAAACUAGUUCGACACAACGCUUUUCAAUACUUCACAAUUUGUAUGACCCUGAUCCACAUAAUAAUAGUAACAGUCGAAAUGGAAAGCGACUAUUACAGUGUAGUUAGACAAACUGAUUCCGCACUCGCCAUUGUAAAUUUCAUCUUCUUCUUUUAUUACAUUUUCGAACAGCUCCUAAAAAUUAUUGGGCUUGGAGGACGAAUUUAUUUUAAACAUUUUUUGCAUAUUUUUGAAGGCGUCGUUACCAUAGCGAUCGUCAUCACAGAGAUAACCAUCCUUGCCAUGUUUGGGCAUCCUUUUCAUCACUCCGAGUCAGAACCACCAAACUACGCCACUUUGAUUCGAGUAAUGAACUUAUUCAUUGUAUUCCGAAUGCUACGAAUCAUACCACAAGUUAAAUCGGUUUCUUUCGUGUUCGGAACUAUGGUCGAAAUCGUGAAAAACCUUCGAGCUUUUGCCGGAAUUAUCAUCGUCAUUUAUUACCUUUUUGCUCUUCUUGGAAUGGAGAUAUUUGGGAGGAAUCACAAAUUAGAAAAUGACACUUCUCCAGCUGCUUACAGGUGUGGUACAUACGAGCAGCUGGAGUAUUAUUCUUAUAAUUUUCAUGAUUUUGCUGCUUCGCUUGUAAUCCUUUGGAAUAUCAUGGUUGUCAAUAAUUGGUCAGUUUUUCUCGACGCUUUCUCUCGCUCAGCCACGAAAUGGUCUCAGCUUUAUUUCGUGGCAUGGUGGCUUGUAGCCGUCAUCAUAAUUGUGAAUCUAUUUAUAUCACUGGUAAUUGAAGUCUUCUUGACAAGAUGGGAAGCGUAUCACGAACAUAAUAAAAGAAAAAACGGCGAGGACAACAGAGCAAGUGUUGUAUCUGAUAUUCCACUUCUGGAGUCAACUGCGACUCCGUUUUCUGCUGGUAGCGACAUCAGAGUGCUACUGAGAAAGAAUUUAACGGACCCUCCGGAGAGCGAUUUGUUGCAUGAGAUUCAUAAACACAGCGACUUAUUGUAGCAAUGAUGAGAUGAUGUUUAUUGUAAAUUAUAAUUAUUGAAGUCGACCGAUUCCAGUCUGCUGGAGUAAAUACUAAGUGACUAUUAAUUUUAUCAUUUAGUAAUUAAUGUUAA